GGUGUGGUGAUGGUGUGAUGUUGGCAAGGCUGUACAGUGCGACCAUUUUACUCGCGUAUGCGACUAAAAAUAGAUUGGUGCGAGUAGGAAAAACAGAAUGGGAGCACACGUGCGAGAACCGAUUUCAGCCAUUUCAUUCGCAUUUUGCCCCUAAAAUAAUAACAAACAAAGUGUGGUCUUAUUUCUAGUUUUCAUACCCUACCAAUCAGAACUGUUGGAACACGAUGACGAUGCGAUGACGCCUCGCAUUUCUGUUGAGCGGCGGGAAAGCAAAGACUCUCAACGUUCUAACCUUUUCAUCGUCUCAGGGGAAAGUGCUACAUUUGUUCACUCAGCGUCAGUAUCGUAAAUCUAAAAAUGUUACAAAAUCAAAUAUCGUCGUAUUUUCAAAGAACUCGUGUGAGAUCCGAGGAGGGAGAGGAGGAUAUCGUGAGAGAAGAAAUGGAUACGACAACAGUGAGGGAUAGUAGUGCUACUGCCGGCAGUGGUGUAAACAGUAAGGUUUACAAGUUUCAGGCUGACUGGAUCAAGCUUUUUCCAUGGCUAGUUUUUGAAAACGAGCAGUGAUGGGAAUAACGGCGUUACUAACGGCGUUACUUUUUUUUAGUAACGAGUAAUCUAACUAAUUACUUUUUACAUCGUUAUAACGCCGUUCCCGUUACUUACAAUAAAAUACUCUGCGUUACUUUAUUAAAGCUGUUCUCAUCUGGCACGCUGCUCGUUCAGCCUUUCUUUACUCUGCUUUAGUGUGGGGCGGGGAGACACGAGACAACGGCACAGUAAGCCAAUCAGAGUAGAUUUGGACAACAUACGUAGGUAGGCCACGCCUACUGCACUACUGCGCGCUCUUUCAAUCGGAAGACACAGCGAUGGCGAGCGGUCAGCCCAGCACUGCGCUUUCACACUGGAAAUACAGCCAGGACUUUUCAUUACUUGAAAUAAAAGGCAAGAGUGUUUACGUGCAAUGCACAUUAUGUCGAGGAACAAAGCGUUUGUCCUCGUCAGUGGCCAGUAAUUAGUAACAAUUUUAAUAACUACAAAAAUAUAUUACAUUUGAUAGAUGUCUUAUCUCACAUUGUCCCACAAAAACAUUAAUAUAGUGUAGAUAACAUUACUAAUUGGUUCUGUUAAGUGUCCAUUUCAGUCAUUAAACACAUUUAACAUUCACUUUUAUUAUGAUUACACUAAUUGAAUUUGAUUUUUUUUGAGGGGGAACAAAAUGUAACGGAAUAAUUACUUUCCCUGGUAAUUAGUUACUUUUAUGACAAAGUAACUCCGUUACUAACUCAGUUACUUUUUGGGAAAAGUAACUAGUAACUAUAACUAAUUACUUUUUGAAAGUAACGUGCCCAACAUUGAAAACGAGCUAAUGUACUGCAAAUACUGUAAAGGGCAGAAGCAAGCAGGGAAUUCGGCAUUUGUGACUGGAAACCAGCACUUUAAAAAAGACAGUCUCAUGAAACACAACAUAUCUAAACGGCACAUCGCCUGCAGAGACGGUUAUUUAAUUCGACAGAACAAAGGCUCGACGGUGGACGCAGCCCUGGUUAGACAGGUGAAGAUUUCGGAGAUGGAGGCAAUGAGACAGCUCAAGAUCAAAAUGAACAUUGCCUACUUCAUCGCCAAGGAGGAAGAGCCGUUUGUGAGAUUUGGGCCACUUAUCACCCUGCACAAGAAGAAUGGCAUUGAUGUGAACCCAACUUACGACAACCACGUGAGGUAAUAUUGUAUUUUAUAAUGAUCAUUAUUAUGUAAGGGAUAAUGUUUUGUCCAAGGGCGACUAGCCUAUAGGAAAAAAAAUUCCCGUCAGGACAAACAGCAUCCCGACGCCGGAGAGAAAUAUUUUCCUAUUGUCGCCCGCGGACUAUACGUUAUCCCCCUUACAAUACGGCUACUUGUGAACAUGAGAAAACAUAUACAAAAAGUUUAUGAUUAAUUUUAUUUGACGUUUCAGCCUUCAGUUUAAUUAUGAGGCAAUGUCAUGAUCGUUUUCAACUUUUUCAAUUCAAACGAUGUUCGCAUUAGUGGGCUACUUAAUUUCCCCCACCUGCGUGCAAGGACUGGCCACAUCUAUGUUAACGAUAUGACGAUAGACAGUUUGUGUAGGCUGACUGUUCUACUUACGAAGUGAUACGCUGGCAUGAUUCUGCUGUGAAAAUUCCCGUUACCAUUGACAGCGGGCAUUAUACAUUGUUGCCAGCUAGGGAUACUCUGGGCCAUGACCACCACGGGCCCAGUCAGGGUGAAGUGCACACAGCAGUGGUAGUCUGUUUUAUUUUGUAGGUUAUUGUGUGUCUUUUCUGACUGCCCAUCCCUAGUAGGUAUCAGCAUUAAGUUGUCAGCAGUGUGUUUAAUUCGAUUUUUUGUAUUUUUUAUGAAGUUAUAUUAAGAAUUAUUACCAUGCAGAAUUUUGAAUGUUAGUUUUUAGAGUUUAUUUUAAUAUUCUUCGUAUAAUGAUAGGGCUGCAACAAAUGUUUGGAACAAAUUGUCAGUCAUGUUAUGUGACUGCAUGAACUACAAGCACUUUACGACAGUGUUCUUAUUCAUACAGAUGUGCGGAAAUGAUUGGACAAAUUGCUGAACUCUUGAAAGAGAGCCUAACUGCUCAACUGAGAACAGCAAAGUACCUUGCAGUCCUCAUCAAUGGAGACACUGACAUAUCAAACACUGAGUGCGAGAUUGUCUAUGUGCGUCUGGUGGAGGGUGGGAAACCAGUCACUCUACUGGUUGGCCAACAGGCUCUUGAACACUCCCAUGCCAUUGGUGUUCUGGAUGCAACCAAGGCUGCAUUCAGUGCAGUUUACCCCGAGGACAAUGGGGGGGUCGUGGUUGGUGAAGCUCAUCAGCUUUGGGGCAGAUGGUGCCUCAGUGAAUAUGGGCCACCGUGGAGGAGUGAUUGCUCUCCUCCAAAGAGAGGCAGGGGAGCAUAUUAUCCCCAUCCACUGCAUGCCACACAGACUAGAGUUGGCAAUCCUGACCCUGCAGAAGAAGGAACCAAUGGUGUGCCAGGUGUACGAUCUCCUGCAUCUCGUGUGGAAGACCUACCACUUCAGUGGAAAAUCCAAGAGAGAGCUCCAUCAACUAGGGCAAGAGCUUGGUGUGAAGGUCUGCACACCGUCUACCGUCAAGGGGACACGCUGGAUUCCUCAUGUCCACAGAGCCCUCAAAGUGUUCCUGCGAUAUGGAACAGAUACUGACCUUGCCACAGGCCAUGGCCAGUACUCCAUUGUUCUGCAGCACAUGGAGCACCUGGCUGUUGCAGGAUCAGUGGAGAUUCAAGGACGGGCAAAGCAGGUAAAGAGAGGGAUGGAGAGUGCACUUUUUUGUGUAUUCUGCCAUUUUCUCGCUGACGUCUUCAAGGAGCUGUCUUCAUUUAGCCUGACCCUGCAGAGAAAAGACCUGAUCCUCCCCCAAGCAACGUCAGAGCUGAAGGAGACUGUGACCAGACUGGAAGCAUUUAAGUCCAGGGCAAAGUCAGGAGGCAUGCUCGAGAAGAUCCAGGCCAUGCUUGCUCAGCAUGGAGAGGAAGAUGAGUGUAGAUUCCAGGGAAUAUCACUGAAGGGGAAUCUCACAGGUCUUGCUGACUUCACCCACCCCCAGCUGAAGAAGCAUGUGGAAUCAACCAUCAACAUCUGCGUGUCUGAACUGAAAGACCGGUUUGGUGGGCUUUUGGACGAUGGGGCUGAUGUCAGGACCCCAGUACAGGCCUUCAAAGUCUUCAACCAUGACACAUGGCCUGAUGACCAUGCCAGCCUUCUGACGUUUGGUGAUGAAGACGUGGCAGAAUUGGUGGCGCAUUUCAGAGAGCCUCUCAGCAGAUCAGGGUGUGACCUGGCAGCUGUUCAGAAUGAGUGGCAGGGACUGAAGAUCUUGGUCAGUCAACACUUCAAAGACAAGCACUACAGUGGCCUGUGGGAGACCAUGCUUACCAAGGAGCCAUACAGAGAGGAUUAUAAGAACAUACUGGAGUUGGUGCACAUGAUGCUGGUGCUGCCCAUUUCAGCUGCCCAGUGUGAGAGGGGUUUCUCCGCACAAAACCGAAUUAAGAACAGCAAACGAAGCUGCCUAGCAGUGAGCACAACUGAGGACCUCAUGAGAAUCAGCCUGGAGGGACCAUCUCUGGAAGACUUUGAUCCAAGCCCUGCUGUGGACCGCUGGAUGGACUCAGCAAAGCGUAGCAGGCGGCCAGAUUACAAAAUAUGGGAACGGGACAUUGUGUGUGUGUGAGGGUGCGGGAGGUUAUGGGUCAAUGAUUUGUCUGAAUGAAUUGAAUUGUUACACUUAUUACAUCUUCCCCAUUUAAUUCUGUAAGUGUAAAAAAGUGAUGUUUUAAUAAUAAUAAAAAUGGCAUUUAAGAAA